AGAAAUCGUCACUUGAGCUUUACGUCAAUUGGGCUGAUAAAACGGAAGUUGAAGACGUUCCACGCUACCUCCGGUCGUCAGUCACUCAAAGCCGAGACCGAGACAUUGAAACCGCGACACAGGCUCUUCUCACGCGAAUGAUGCUGAUUUGCCCAACAUCUGAUCAUCUAUCACUUUAGACGUAACGUUAAUGCUCUUUCUCGAAUAUCAUUGCGACGACUCGCGAAAUACCGAAAUUGCGGCUCGGGGGUUCAGUAGCGCCCUAAAUAGGGCUGAGUACCUUCAUUACUUGACAGUCUUGAUGUAGCAGAAUCUUAAACAGCAAAAUUCAGAAACAGUCCCGCUCUCUCACAAUGAAGCAAAUUGAAAAGGCAAUCAUCAUCGGAGGUGGCCCUGCAGGGAUUGCGGCAGCCUUGCGCCUACAACAGAAGAACCGCAUUUCAUGCACCAUCUAUGAAGUUCGUGACAAGCCAACUACUCUUGGUGGGGCGAUUGGAAUCCCAUCAAAUGGUCUUCGGCUACUCUCACGUCUCAACCUCUACAAUGAAGUGGUUGCAAAAGGCGCCCAAACCUCAAAUCUCAAUGUGCGAUCGUCUGAGGGCAAGCUCAUGGGAAACAUGUCGUUGGACGCGUGGAGCAAACAGCAGACUGGAUUUGGUUAUUUUAGGAUCAGAAGGACUGACUUGAUGGACAUAUUGCUGGAUGCUGCCAGCAAAGCAAACAUCCCGAUUCACUUUGGCAAACGGAUCACCAAAAUUGAGGAAACGGACUACACUGUGACCGCAUCUUUCUCGGAUGGCUCCCAAGAAGAUGCCGACUUCGUCAUCGGCGCAGACGGCAUCCAUUCCUCGGUCCGUAAGAUAUACGUUGACCCGGAAUGCAUGCCUGUGUAUUCCGGAAUAGCGAACGUAUUCUCUUUGCUCUCAACAUCUGAACUCUCCAAAAGUCCACCAGAAAUUGAGGGGCUGAAUGCGACUUUGACUGCGAAUGGCAUGUUUGGCCUUAGCCCUGCGAACCCCACGCACGACUUACUUUAUUGGUUCUUUUCUCGAGAAGUCGACAUCCCAAUAAAUACCGACCGCGAUGGAUGGGAGGAGAGGGGGAAAAAGGAGCUCGAGGAAGGAAAAGCAAACAUGCUGGGUUUACUUGGAGAUGACCAAUGCGAGUGGCUUGAGUUCCUCCGAGAUGUUAUCGACAAAACUGACGCCUUCAAAUUCUACCCCAUCUAUAAGGUCCCCACUGGCAGGCCAUGGCACAAAGGACGUGUUUUGAUUAUUGGGGACGCUGCGCACGCAAUGCCUCCCCAUGCUAGUCAAGGUGUUUCUAUGGCUCUCGAAGAUGUGUUUCUCCUAUCGAAUCUCCUUCACAGCGGACGUUUUAGUGUGGAGGAUUCGUUGAGGAUAUAUGAGGAAAAACGACGCCCUCGAACGGAGUCAAUGUUACACACCGCAGAGAAGAAUGGUGAUAUACGAAAAGAAAAGGGACCGUGGGAGCUUUGGGCCAACGGAUUCGCAAUCACGGCCGGUCUUUGGUUCUACAAGACUGCCGGCCUGCAAAGGCUCGGUUUAGGACAGAAACCACUGGCGUAUGACGUCGAGGAUGAGACAUGGUAGUGGCUGAUGUGCGGGACACUGCAAAUGCAGUAUUUAGAUAUUUUUUAGACUUUUUGUUAUGGCUCAUAGAAAUGUAU